AUGAUUCGUGACGCAAAUUAUGAUCAGAUGGAAACUCUGCGCGUUGUCACACAUAAUCUAAUUCGUUUAAUCGCCAAAUCCUGCUCGCUGGAUAAGGCUGUUCUCCAGAAACAACUGAAUAUGUUCAGCUUCAAAAGCGACCAGGUGAUCAACUGGUCUUGCAAUUUUUCAAGUAAUGACGGGAAAGAUUACAUCACCACCGAUGACAACUUAGUGAAGCUCAAUCAACCGCUGACUGGUACGGAGAACUUUCGACAUGGGACUAAAGUGCAACGCGAUGAACUUCGCGUCAAUCGUGUGUUGCUGGAUGAAGUGACCACAUACAGGGAUAAGCACCGGAAGCAAUUUCUAACGAGCUUGGAACAUGUGUUCAAACAAUUGGCUGCAGACGAAGGGCAAAUCAACAUUAGAAUCGAGCUGCUGAAAUUUGUCGAGAAAUUCAAACAAUCCAGAAAACUGACUUAUAAUGAUCUCUGCCGUGAGGUCAUGAAUAAUCGGUUUAAGAACGAAACGCUGCAAGGGUAUGCCCGAAAAUUGGACAGUGUAGAGCGGACAGCGUCUCAAAGGAAGAAGGACCCAAAGGACAAUUCUCCAAAUCUUUUCGAGUGGCUGAACCGCUUGGUAAUGGAGAUUACUGAGCUUCACAGGAACAAGUUGAUUACGAAAGCACCAGCGUAUUUGCAUAAACCACUCGGCACCAUUGGUCUGAACCAUUUGAUGUUGAUAAGGAGUAGCGAUGUGAAGCUGUUUACUGAUAUGACCAGCGCUCUGAAACCGGAAAUUUUCGACAAACCUCUUCAAGAUCUAGCCAACCGUUGGAUCAAUCAAGUCAAGUCGAUCAGGGAUAAUCGCCUCGACAAACCUCUGCAAUUGACAAGUGUCAGCUUAUUUUUCAUUUGCAAGAGCUUGGAGGAGUUGAUAAUCGAGAUUACUAAGCAUACUGAUCAUCGAGAAACGGAUUUACUGAAGAGCUCUAGUUUCGAGUGGUCCGCUCUCAAACAGCUCGUCUGGAAGACGGAGAACGCAUUAACAAAGUGUUUGCAACGGGAAUACCAUUUUAUGUUUAUGCUCAUAAAGCAUUUUGAUGUGGAUUUCGGUACACAACCUUUUCAGCACAAGACGCAACUAUUCAACAACGGCCAGUCAUUCCGAAAAGAUGUUAGUAAUUUCAAGAAUAUAAUGCACGUAACAAAAAAUUCGAAUGAUAGUUCCAAACCGAAUCCACUUGGGGUUCCAGAUGACUUCUACGUUUGGUAUUGUCUGUUGGAUGAUGUAUUGUUUCAUGUUCUACCGAAGAACUGUGAGCUCGAUUUGUUCAAUACCGUGUUCGAUGAAUAUAUCCAAAUGAUUCGUGACGCAAAGUAUGAUCAGAUGGAAACUCUGCGCGUUGUCACGCAUAAUCUAGUUCAUUUCAUCGCCCAAUCCUGCUCGUAUCAUAACAUGACAUCGCUGGAUAAGGCUGUUCUCCAGAAACAACUGAAUAUGUUCAGCCUCAAAAGCGACCCGGUGAUCAACUGGUCUUGCAAUACUCGAAGUGACAUCAUUGAUCAAUUUUCGACAAAGAUAAACCUCCCGGAGAUAAAUUUGUUGCAAGAACGCUUGAUGAAAAUCAUGCAGAUCGGUAUGGAGAAGAACGUUGAGGUGGAUACGAUGGAGGCAUUCUGCCGUACGUACAACGAUUUUCUAAUCGAUCUCAACGAAGUUUCUUUUGAAUGGUACAUCAAAGAAAUUCCCAAGUUCGAUAUGCAAUCGAUUAUAGAGCUGCAACAUGUCGAAUUGGUCGAUAACAAAUGUAAGGAUACGAACAAUCGAACUUACCGGGUACUCAUUCCAGAGAAGUUUCCUACAUUUUGUCAGGGAUUAGGCAUAACAGUAGCUAUGCCGAAGCAUUACGUAAUUGAGGUUAUUCAAGCUCUACUUGAGCACAUCGGCUCCCAGCUGCAGCGGACUUCCUGGGCAACUGAUGAAAUUCUUUCGGAUACGGACCAAGUACUGUCCACUAACGAACUCAUUUUUGCAAUCAGAAAUUCGCUGCUCUACCUCAAAGAACAGAUCGAUUACGUUUCGUUCGAUCUGUUCUACGACGAACGUGUAAAACCGUUUAACAGCGUUAUCGAGACCACAACUUCACGACAGGACUUCUCGAACCGCAUCAACCUCCUCCGUGAGUCGUUCUGGUACAUUAGGAAGCAGAACGAAAUCAGCUUCGAAGACGCGCUGCAGCUGUAUGGCGAGUUGAAUAGUACAUACGAUUUGCAAUUGCUCCGCGACUCGUACGCGAUGUAUUCAAAGUUUUUCGAGGAAUUUAUGCAACUGUCCGUAGACAAAGGGCCCUCCGAAAGAGCAGCGCUCAUUGCAGAGAAGGUGAAAGCUCAGCAUUCAAAUACUAUUCUCUUCAAGGCGUGGGACGAUCGCUUCAAGCAAGACCAAAUUCCCAACAUUAUUGCUGGAUUGGCUGCAGUGUGGUCGAUUCUGGUAUCAAAGGACGUGGCUAAAGCAAGAAAGUACUUCAAUCCUCAUUGUAUCCAGAUUUUGUGCAUCCUACGAUUGCUGAGCGCUGACAAAGCCGACGAAGGAAUCGACAAACAUUUGGCUCAAGUGUUGACAGGACAGGGUAAAUCGUUGGUUUUGGGACUUCUCGCGGCACUAUUUGCACUGACCGGUCAUAGAGUUCACAUAGCUUGUUACAGCGAGUAUUUGGCCAAGCGAGAUGAGCAGGACUUUCUCACUUUUUUUGAGACGUUUGAUGUUGCUGAAGAUGUAACGUACGGCACCUUCGAUGAUCUAGCCAAUGAAAUCAUAGCUCCGAAGGUUGAUGAUCAGACAAUUGAACUCAGAAAUCUGGUAAGAGAUUUACUGUUCAAAGAAAAGGUUAUUCUUCCACAUCAACUCGUAACGGCUGAUUCGAGUAAAAAUAUUCUGCUGAUAGACGAGGUCGAUGUAUUCUUUACGAAAGAAUUUUAUGGCAAUACAUACAACCCAGUAUGCGCACCUUUGAUUCCAGGACUGGAUCUUGUUCAGGAGCAAAUAUGGAAGUAUGUUGUCGCUGGUUGGACGGAUGUAGAAAGUCGUAUUCAACAGUAUAUUCAAACUGGGGAAUUCAAAGGGCAAGGUGGGAAGUUUUUAGAAUUUCUCGAUCGACCAAAUAAUUACAAUUUAUUUAAAAAUGAUGGAACACAGAUAACUCACACGAAUAAGACAUUGUUCGACGAACAUGUUGGAAUGAUGGUAACAGACGCCAUAAAUGUCAAUAAUGGAUUGUAUUGUACUAAAUUCAAAUUGAACUCCGCUGGAGAAAUUACCUAUUAUCAUCGAGGAAUAUAUGCAUCCCAUCCAUUUUUUGGUUACGAAAAUGUUUUCAACUAUUUCCGAUUGAAAAAGACAAAUUUUGUCACUGAGGUGAAUGGGACAGAAAAUUACGGGUAUUUGAAUAUCUGCUGUGGUUCCUUGUCCUACGCCAUGCUCCCGAAGAACUACCCUCUUAUUGUAGGCGUGUCCGGAACACUGACUUCGUUGAAUCUAUAUGAAAAGGAUACAAUUGAACGUUUGUACAACAUCAAGCAAAUUUCGGUGAUGCCAACGUUUUUCGACUGCUCAAACCUCCAGUUCGACGAAAUCGCCAAUUUCCAAAAUCACGCCACAAAACCCUCCUGGAGAACCAACAUCUUUAGUAAAGCUAAUCAAAUCAUCAAAGCCAAUCGAGCGGUGAUCAUUUUCUUCGAUACCGAAGUCGAGUUGAAUGCAUUCGAAGCAGAAUAUGCUGGACACCUAGAUCGAGUGAACGUGCUGACCGAGAACACCAAGGACAAAGAAAGGUUCAUCAACGAAGCAGGAGUGGCCAAAACAAUCACUUUGUCUACCCGUGGAAUGGGCCGAGGAGUCGACUACAAGUCCAGCGUAACUGUGGAGAAGAACGGCGGAUUGCACGUCGUUCAAACGUUCUUUUCGAUGGAUAUCAAGGAGGAAAUCCAAAUCAAAGGACGGACCGCCAGGAAGGAUAAUAAGGGAAGCUAUGAGCUGAUUGUGUGUGACGAGGAUUUGCAAUCGGGUGGGCUUAUGUCCGGCCUAAGCAAUGUAAGCUACGCCGAGUUGGAUGCCGCAAGAAGCAAGAUUUCGCUUGAUGAAAAUGCAGAAUUGUCGAGGAAAAUACAGGAUAGUAUGGAUGCUCACCAGAAAACGAUGAACUACAUGAAGUCAUUUUAUAAGAAGGCAUAA